AUGAGCGCAGAGCGUAGGCUGGUGCGGAUGGCCGUGUUGCUGGCCUUGGCGGCCCCGCCCACGCCGAGCCCGCCCUCUCCGCCGCCGGCCGUGCGCCCGUCCCAGGUGGCGGCCAGCCUGUUCCUGCUCGCUGGCCGCGGCUACGACUGGUCCACUGCUGGCUACCGUGAUGGCGCCGACCUCCCCUCCCCGCCAGUGACCUUCAACAUCAGAGACCCGCCGUUCAACGCGGCCGGCGACAACUCUACAGACGACACGGAAGCGUUCAAGGCGGUUGUGGAUGCGGCCAACGCCAGCCCGGGUGGCGGCGUCAUCCUGCUCCCCGCCGGCACCUACAUCCUCAAGGAGCCGCUGGUGGUGAACCGGUCGGGCGUGGUGUUUCGCGGCGAGGGGCGCGGCGCCACCACCAUCCGCAUCCCGCUCUCCCUAUCAGACAUCUACAACGGAACCUGGUACAUUGAUGACGCUGGCAAGAUCCACUCUGCCUGGUCUUUCGGCGGCUCUUUCUUCCUGUUUCAGGGCGAGCCCCAGCGCAGCAUCCGCCCCGAGAACCGCCUGGCGUUUGUGGCGGGGGUGCUGCCGGCGGGGGCGUACCGCAUCCCGAUCACCAGCACCGAGCUGUUCACUGUGGGCUCCUGGGUGCGCCUCUACCUCAACGACAACUCAACCGACUGGGGCUACACUGGCGGAGGAGGCGACCGCCGCCGCCGCCGCCGCCGCCUGCUGGCCGGUGGCGGCGACACGGUGACCACGACUGCCAUUGUCGACCCGGCCACCGGCAGGCGCCUGGGCAAGCUGGUCACGCGGCCCGUGGACCCCGCUCUGCUGAGCAGCCCCGUGUUUGUGGCAGCCAUGGAGGCGGCCCUGGAGUAUGGAGAGGGCGACGCGGGGCUGAGCCCCGCCGAGGCGCUGGCGGCCAGCGGCAUCGCCCCGCCGCCGCCAGGCGAAGUCUCCACAGCCACCGCCUCCCCCGGAACCAUCACGGCCUGGGUGGUGAGCGGGGCUGGGGCUGCCGCCGGCGCCUGCACGCCCGCUUCGGCGUCCCGCUGGGCCACCCCCUUUGGCGUCCCGCUGGGGCCAUACGGCGACAACAUGGCGGACAGCGGCGUGGUGAACAACACGCUGAGGAGGGACGACAUCAGCCUGGUUGCCAGGGUGGAGGCCAUCGGCAGCGGCUACAUCGACCUGGACAGGGAGCUGCCCUUCCCAAUCCAGGAGGGGUGGGAGGGCCUGUUCCUCCGCUACCUGCCCACAGUGGAAGACGGUGGCAUGGAGCAGCUGACCAUAGCCUUCGACCACGAGAUGCUGCCGGUGCCGCCUCACUUCACUGACAAGGGGUACAACGCCAUUUCGAUGCGCUUUGCGGCAAACAUGUGGCUCAAAGAGGUCACCAUCGUCAACGCCGACAACGGCUGCUUCAACGAUCGUACGGACAAGUCCACCUUUAAAGAUGUGACGGCGACAGUGACGUCCCGCCGCUGGGUGGACUCUCUGUUUAACCAGGCAGUCAACGGCCACCACCCCAUCUUCCUGGCACACUGCCAGAGCAACCUGGUGGACGGGUGGAAGGCGGCGCGCCAGGCGGUGCUGGCGGCGGCUGCGGUGGGGCGGUGA